AUGCUUUUCUCCUACAUGUUUAUCUGAAUCAACAUGGGUUCAUUCCUUGUGUACCCGUUCUCACUUUUGCCGUGUCUACCCUUCUGGCCGAAAGGUGGAGCUGCGAUUCACGAGGAGCACAGCAGUAGCUCUUCCAGACCAAAGCUUGUGACCAGAGGGAAGCAGGCACGCUGUUUGGGCCCAGCGGCUGCAUGCAAUAGCUGUGCGCGCCGAACAGAGGAGCUUGCCAAGAGCACAGGAGACCGACUGUUGUGUCGGGCUUGUGUCAGGACCGAAGAUGAGAGAAAGCUCCAACCGCUGACCUUGGAAGAGCAGAAUGCUCUUGACCAAGUGUCUUCUGUCCUUGACACAGUUCCGUGGAGUUUUUGGAAGCCUGGCGAGCAGCCUGCCAGGAUUUUGGAUGGACUCUUUUUGGGAGAUUUGGCGGAUGCCACUGACCUUGAGCUUCUUGAGCGGCGUGGUAUUGGGGCUGUACUCAACUUGAUUGGCUGGUGGGAAUUGCAAGCUUUGCUGCCAGAGGGCACAGAUUUGGCUUCACAUUUCAGGCAAUAUGAUGUCGAAUAUCACGAGGCGGACUCAGAGGAUCGGCUGUUUUUUGACAUUGUGGAGAUGUCUUGGCCCUCCUGUGAGCGGUUCCUCGAGAAGUGUUUCUCGGAGAAGAGAAAAGUGCUGGUGAAUUGCCAGGCUGGGCACAACAGGUCAGCUUGCAUGGUGAUAUGCUGGCUGAUGCGGGAAGGAUUCAGUCUAUUGGAAGCACUAGAACAUGUACAGGGUCUUCGUGGGACUGUCCUAUCCAAUCAUGGAUUUCGUUUGCAGCUGGUGCGCUUGGCACUUCAGCAGAACCGACUGGGAGAUCUGCCAGCCAGAGCAAGACAUUUGUUAAUUGAGAAAAGCAUUUCCGGUGAGUACAGCGACUAUUUGGGCAAGAUUAUCAACCGAAAGCGCUUGAGCUGGAAGUAUGGCCACAACUCAAAGGACUGGUCUGGUGAGAAGAUGUCCUUGCAAAGGAGAACCAUUGAUGCUUCCAUUAUCUCAGAGGAGGUCAAUGGCCUGGUAAGUCAGCGGAAGCUCUCCCUAGAGUUGGUUGCAUGCUUAACGCAUUGGAAUAAGAGCUUUCUCUGUGAUUAUGAAUAUACGGCUGAUCCUCCGCACGUCAUUGGGCAUGGCUUUAGUGGUGAUGUAGUGCUAUGUCGCCGCCUCCACGCUGACUUUGGAGCACCUCAAAACAGUCUUCGAUGUGUGAAACGCUUUAAAUUGAAGGCCAUGAAGGCUGACCACUUGGAGAAAUUGAAGAAUGAAGCGAUCAUCUACCUGUCAUUGGAACACCCUCACAUUGCUCGGCUCUUUGAUGUAUAUGAGAACUCUGAGGAGCUGAGCCUGGUGAUGCAGUACUGUAGCGGAGGGACGCUCCAAGACGCGCUACACGAUUGUUCGUUUGCUGAAUGUGACUUCAAGCAGGCAGCAGUGCAGAUGCUCCGCGUUUUGAGUUAUAUUCACCGAGCGGGCAUCGUGCAUCGGGACAUCAAGCCUCGGAACUGGGUCUAUGAGGCUGAGAGGAAGAUUCUGAAGCUCAUUGACUUUGGCUUCUCUGCAAAGCGGCUGAUGCUUGGUGAAGGUGUUGCCAUGCCAGACCUAACAGGAUGCCUGGGAACCUUGGGCUACCUUGCUCCAGAGGUUGUCACUCUUUGCGCCUCCGAGGAAGCCUACAAUGAAAAGUGCGAUAUUUGGUCCCUGGGCAUUGUCUUCCUGGAGAUGCUCAGUGGAGUUUGCAUUUUUCAGAGGGACAAGGGAGAUUGCGAUGGCUAUACAGAGGAGGUGAUCCUUCGAGAGAUUCGAGAGGUCACAGAACAGGACAUCCAAGGUCACUUGCAACUGGUACCAGAGGGUGCACAGGACUUCCUCAGGCGUCUAUUGGUAAAGGAUCCAAGCGCCCGUUGUUCUGCUGAACAAGCGCUGCAGGACCAAUACCUGAUUGAAGGGCGAGCGCAUUUCCGGCAGCAGCCAGACGCGCUUGCAGUAGGGGAGGUCCUAUUGCGGUUUCGUGCAUAUGGAUCGAGCUCAGCCACAACAAGGGCUUCGAUGCUUGCAAUGGCUCGUGCUCCAACACGCUUGCCCUGGAAGGAGUUUUGCGCCCUCCGGGCAACCUUCGACCUUUUUGAUGCUGUAAAGCUCACCGGGAGCAUUGACCUGGAGGCAUUUCUGUCUGUGGUCACUUCAGAGGAUGGCUUCCCAUCCGCAAGGCUAGAAGCCUUAGCCAUUUGGAAGGCCGUUUGCGGAGCAGAGGAAUCUCUCAGCUAUUGUGAGUUUUUGGCAGCACUAAUCCCUCCCAUUGACGACGCCUUCGAAGAUGUAAGCCGGGAGGUGGAAGGUGAAGAUAUGUUGCCAAGCACAGAUCAGAAAAUGUGGGACUUGAAUCAGCCUAUUGCUGCUUUCCUUCCGUUGUUGGACACACGCCACCUCAAGGACCACGGUGCUAACUGCGUCCAGCAGUGCUCACUGCGAUCAGACCCUGGCGGUUGA